AUGGAUUCCUUUCCAAGAGUUCACACCUUCUUCUCCAGCAUUAGCAACCGCUGUCUCCGCAUGCUCUGCUUGAAAGCCCACCCACCCUCUAAACCGAUCGAAAUCAGUGCACCAUUCAACUUCAAAGAAGGCCCCGCAAUGCAAUUCCCCGGCUACAGCGAAGACGACAUCUCCCUCAUGCGCGAGAAAGCGCUCGCCUCCACCGCAAUAGUCGAAGAUGGAAUAUUUGACUCUGCGACGAGGAAGGUGGUGCCUGGGACAUGGGGAGGAAGUUCUAGCUGUGAGCUCGUGGAGAGAGCGGUGUUUAACCCAAGGAGGGUCAGCAAAGGGGUGUUUACACUGAGUGAGGGAUAG